AGUAGAAAUGAGUAUAAGAAGGUGUGGCGGUUAAUUUCAAGCCAGUGGCCCAGUGAAGGUGUCAACUGCUGAAAGAUUCUUUGAAGGAGAUGAAGUCUUCUUAUUCUCCAACCUCUCUCGCUCAAAGGAGCUUGUUGCAUCCUAAGGCAACCUGUUGCACUAAAUCUGAUGUGUUUUGUGCUCAGUUUAGCAAGAAAGGAGAGUUAGUGGCUGGUUCUUUGUCUGAUGGAUCUGUUAUGGUGUUUGAUUCUGCAGGUGGUAGUAUGGUAUACAAGCUACCCUUACCCUCAUUUCAAGAUGGCUACCCUGCUACAGCUGUCAAAUUUAGAUCGAACGACUUAGGAGACAUUAGCAAUGUUGCCCUUGUUGCCUAUUCAUCAGGUCAUGUUCAUCAAUGGCACGUACCAACUGGUAAGAGUUUGAACCAGUCGAUAGAGAAGAGACAAACACUAGCAGCUGCUUACUCCUCUGAUUCAAGCACAUACGCUACCUCAGGCUCUGACUGUAAACUAAUGAUAUACGACUCUCUCUCUGGACAGAAUAUAAACACACUGGAGGCAAGUUCCUCACUGACACUAAUGGACGGACACAUGAACAGGGUCUUUGCUUUAAGGUACCACCCGACGGACCCCUCCCUCCUGGUCUCCGGAGGGUGGGACAACACCGUCCAGUUCUGGGACCUAAGAAUAGACCACGCUGUACGUAAGUUAUCCGGUCCUCAUAUCUGUGGGGACUCUCUUGACAUUGAACCACACUCCCUCCACAUUGCUACUGGAUCAUGGAGAUAUGACACUCCUUUAGAAAUUUGGGAUUAUGGUUCAGGUAAACUCAUAACUCAAUUACAGUCUUGUACUGGCACUAAGCUGUAUGCCACCUGCUGGAUCAAUGAGAGACAUUUACUGAUUGGAGGGUCACAGAAACACACAGCAGCUGUCAUUGACGUUCAAAAUGAUAAAGUAGUUGGUGAUUUGAAGGAUCUGUCAGCAGGUGUCUACAGUGUCCAUUAUAAUUCAGUUAAUAAGAAUGUGGCAAUAGCUAGCGGAAGCAAGAUACAUAUAUGCUCCGCCCUCUUCUUUCAAAAUAAAACCCCACCCCCUUUCACGACAGACUAGUAUAAUGACUGCAACCCGAUCACUAUUAUUAAUUAUUAAUUAAUUAAUAAAUAAAUUUAAAAACAUUAUGCACACUGA